CUCCUGAUGUGCUCCAAACGCAAGCUGUGCAUCGAUGUGGAUGUCGGUGUGGACGACGCACAGGGCCUCAUGCUAGUGCUGGCGCACCCGGACGCCCACAUUGUGGGCAUCUCCGCGGUGCACGGCAAUGUGGAUGUGGCGAGGGUGGGCCGCAACAUAGCGCGUGUGCUGACGCUGUGCGGCCGAACGGAGCUGCCCUUCUACCUGGGUGCCGAUGAGCCGCUGGUGCCACCUGCAGCCGCCGUGGAUGAUGCCAGCUUUUUCCACGGCAAGGAUGGGCUGGGGGACGUGCCUGAGGCCGUCCCCGCCUCCUCACACAUAGAGCUGCAGGCCCAGCCGGGCCACGGCGCGUUGCAACUGGCUCGGGCCGCUCAGGAGCACGAGGGCGAGCUGACUGUGGUGGCCACAGGCCCGCUCACAAACGUCGCGCUGGCCUGCAAGAUGGAUGCGCAAUUCCCUCACAGAGUGGGGCGGCUGGUGGUGAUGGGAGGGGCCGAGGGGGCGGGCAACGUGACACCGUGCGCCGAGUAUAACUUCCACUGCGAUGCCGAGAGCGCCCAUCUGGUCAUGUGCAAGUUCCCGCAGCUGGUGCUGGUCAGCUGGAACGCCACGGUGCGGCACGCGCUGCCCUGGUGCUGGGUGGACGCCUGGCUGGGCAAGCCCACGCGCAAGGCGGCCUUCAUGCGAGCCAUCAUGGCUGCCAGCAUGGCCCUGGAGAAGGAGAGAGACGCCGAUGCGGGGUGGAUUGCGUGCGACCCGCUGGCGUUUGCGCUGGCGGUGUGCGAUGAGGCUCUGCUGGCGGCUGAGCCCAAGCACUGCGUGGUGGAGCUGCAGGGCUCCCUCACCCGCGGCAUGAGCGUGUUCCAGGAGCCGGGGGGCGAGGCGGCGCUGCCUGCCAACGUGCUGCUGGUCACCGACAUCUGCAUGCAGCGCUUCCAGGCGCUCAUGGAUGCAGCCACCGACUGAGCGCGGCAGCAGUACAGCAGAAGUCUCUCUUGUACCAUCACAGUGCACUCGGCAUCCAGCAUUGCACAUUUCUGUGUCUUUUUAUAUUUUAUUGCACUGAAAUUGCAGCAGCGAGGCAGCAUUGCUCAAGGCUAUGAGAUAUGGGCAAUUUGCAGUUCUGAAGCGGUGUACAAGUAUAUGUA